AUUUCAAUCUCCUCCCCCUCUGUCCGUCGCUCAUAGCCGUAAAAAUCCGAAAAACCGCGAAGCUCGCAGCCGAAAAAUCUCAUUGUGAAUUUUCGUGAUCCGAUAUGGAGAGCCGGUUCGCAGUCUGCAUCUUCGUGUUGGCGCUGCUCUUCUUCCUCUUAACCAUGGAAGCGAAAACUAUAGACCCUUACAAGGUCCUUGGAGUGGAGCGGAAUGCAAGUCAGCGUGAAAUUCAGAAAGCGUUCCACAAGCUCUCUCUUCAAUAUCACCCAGACAAGAAUAAAAGCAAGGGAGCUCAAGCAAAGUUUGCUGAGAUAAACAAUGCAUAUGAGAUUUUAUCUGAUGAAGAGAAGAGGAAAAAUUAUGAUAUGUAUGGAGAUGAAAAGGGAAAUCCUGGAUUUGGAGCUGGUUCUCCUGGAGAUCACGGUGAAUAUACUUACUUCACAAAUGGUGGACCAGGACAGAACCACUUUACCUACGGACCUGGUGAUUGGCAGAGCAUGGGUGGGCAGGGAGGUUCCAAGUCAUUCUCCUUUUCCUUUGGAGGUCCCAGUGGUCCAAGUUCAUUUGGUUUUGGUAUGGAAGACAUUUUCUCAAACUUUUUUGGGGGUAAACCUGGAGGUGGGGGUCAGUUUGAUGGUUUCAGCGGUUCAACUGGGUCUCGACCUGGUUCUCAGCCUGGGUCUAGGACUUCUCCGGUGAGCAUUACGACCAUCAGUCCACAGGUGUAUAAGAAAGAAAUAGUUCACCGAGGGAUGGCUUGGCUCCUGUUCUCUUACACUCCUUCAUUGAAGGGGAAGCAACAUGUUGAAAAUACCAUAGAGGAAGUUGCAAGUUCCCUGCAGGGAGCCUUAAAGGUUGGAAGCAUAAACUGUGAGACGGAACCAUCUCUCUGCAAGGACCUUGGCAUAUACCCCAGCAGAAUGCCCAGAGUAUUUGUGUACAAAGUGAGUGAAAAGGGUUCAUUGGUUGAGUAUGAUGGUGAUUGGGCUGCAAAACCUUUGAAGACAUUUUGCCAAGACAAUCUGCCAAAAUUUUCGAAACGGGUUGACUUGAACCGCUUCGAGUCUUCCACUUUUACAACCAAUAAAUUACCUAGUGUGGUGCUUCUUUCCACCAAGAAAGAUACACCUGUUAUCUGGCGUGUCCUCAGUGGAUUGCAUCGCAGUCACUUCAGUUUCUAUGAUGCAGAGGUCCACGAUGCUUCUGAUCCAGCAGUGAAGAAGCUGGGAGUUGGUGCACUUCCAGCUAUAGUUGGUUGGCUUCCGAACGGGGAGAAGCAUGUCUUAAAAGCAGGCAUUACCACCAAAGAUAUGAAGUCUACAAUUAAGGAGCUCAGUGCUUUGCUCGAAGGUUUUGAAAAAAAGAGCAAGAAGGCAGCUUCAAGUCAGGCCAAGAAAUCACCGACUGAUUCGGGGGAGAAUCAAAUACCUCUGUUGACAGAGUCUAAUUUUGAUGCCCUUUGUGGUGAGAAAACUCCGGUUUGCAUCGUUGGCGCAUUCAGAUCUUCCAAAGCAAGAAAUAAGUUGGAAUCAAUUUUGACUGCGGUCUCUCAGAAAUCGCUAUCAAGGCGACAGAGUUCAGCUCAGGGCAAGGAUUCUGUUUCCUACACUCUCUUGGAUGCCGCCAAGCAGGCGACCUUCUUAAAUGCUUUCGACGAAGCAGGAUUUAAAUCAUUAGAGAAGGUCUUGGUUGCCUACAAACAUCGGAGGGGGACAUUCGCAGCAUUUGACGGUGAAAUGACUACGGAAGAAGUAGAGGCGUUUAUUAGCUCUGUGCUUAACGGGGACAUACAUUUUACCAAAACACGGCAGAAACCCGUGCUCAGGUGAGAGGAAAGGUCGGAUCACGGAGCUCGUGGCUUUCGUGUACAUAGCUUCACUGCUUUGAGUAUAGAAAAGAUAAACCAAUUUUUAGAUUACAGUAAGAAGGAGACUGAGUUUUGGCCCUGGUUGCGACGUUGGGUCGCCAUACAAUCUUGGAGGAGCAUCCAUUGUUUCGUAGUAUAGGAGAAGUGUUCCUCCAACCCCAGAAAAGUGGUCUUGUAAUGCCAUGGUAAAAGUUUCAUACCUUUUCGUUGUAUGAAUCGUGUAAUUUAUUUUCCUUGGUGUAGAAAUUAAAGACCAAAUUUUACACAGAAAUAUCAAAUAAGAUGGACGAGGUCUGAAAUUUGAGGUCA